AUGCAUCAGUCGAGUUCGAGGUUGAUGAAGACCACUCCGGACGGCAGGCCGUUCACGAGGGACUUCAAGGACCUUUUCUCCACGCUCAUGGUCAGUUUGCCGCUCACGACACACCGCUACCGCUUCAAGUCGUAUCCAUUCACCUUCACCACCGAAGAAGCCGUCACAAACCUCGGUAACCUCAAGUUCUCCCAAUCAAACCGCAUGCCAGACCCUAAAGACCCCUCCCGCGUCGUAACGACAACAACGACAACCACAUUCUCCAUGGCAGCCGAGAUGGCUAAGGAUGUAUGCCAACGCUACAUGGAUGCCCGUCUUUUCGAAAGCGCAACGGAUAAAGACCAGACGAGCUUCAAGGAUAAGUGUUUGUGGAAACUUACGCCGAAAGGGAUCAUUGUGCUUGAGCGCUUUUCGAACCGUAAUGGUGUGAUCUCUGAUAACGUCGCACGUCUCAUUUCUUCUCCCUUCAACACCAUGCAACUCUUCAUCCUCGAGCGCGAUAUCGACUCUGACACCAUCCCCGGCGACAAAACGAUGGCCGAAGUCGUAUUCCGCCGUUUCGCGGGCCGCACACCGAACGCUAAAUCAUCGACCUCGCAAUCGGAUAACGACUCCAUCCUCGAAUAUAGCGACGGCAUGACGGGUGUUAAACUCGCUUCGAACCGCCGUGUUGGUGAGAGGAUGUUGCAGAAUUCUUUUACGGGGCGUACGGCGAUGCAGUGGUUGAUGGAUUGUACGACGUGUAUGCACCCCAAAGAAGCCAUGGAGAUCGCGCAGAGUUUCCUCCGACAUGGCCUUAUCGUCUUUGCUGCCGACUCCUCCCGACCGAAAGAGCGGACGGAGCAGUUAGCGUUCUCAGGCGUCAAAUCAGCCAUCUACAUCUUUACCGAACGUGGGCGCAAAGUUGCAGGAUGGGAUGGCGGUGCUGUGUUGAACGACGGGUUGGGUGUCGAGAGGCCGAGUAUGGGGGGGAGGGGAAGAAGUGCGGUUAAGACGAAUACCACUCGGUUGAAUGCUAUCUUGUCGGACCCGGCGUUGAGAAGUUUGUUCAGAGAACACCUCAAAGACAACUUCUGCGAAGAAAACUACACCUUCUACACCGAAGUCGUCGAAUUCACCCGCCGAAUCCCAAAGGCAAUGACAACCGAUGCAGUUCGCGAAGGUCUCGCAAUGGCCUACGGCGUCUAUAACGCCUUCCUCGCCCCCGGCUCCCCCUGCGAACUCAACCUCAACCACCAACUCCGCCUCGACAUGGCCGCGCGUAUGACGAAAGCCGUUGGGUCGAAUGAUAGUGAUAUGAAGGUUGUGUUGGAGGAGGUGUUGGAGUUGUACGAGAGGGCCAAGAAUGAGGUGUUUAAAUUGAUGGCAGUUGAUUCGGUGCCGAAGUUUGUGAGGGGAAAGAAGUAUCUGGAGUGUAUUGCGCAUCAGGGACAUCUCGAAGAACACAGCACAGAAGAAGAGCACGAAGGGGAUGUUGGGGUUGAUCAGUUGAGUUUGAAUGAGAGUGUUGAGGAGGGGCAGCAGUAUCAUGCUCGUCAUGCGCACGGUGAUGGACAUGUGCAGAAGUUGAGGUGGGGACCGAAUGGGGAGAGACUUGGGGUUGUCACUCCGCCCGUUACGCCGCCGCCGGAGUAA